CAUUGAUUGAUUAUUAAUGUGGGUUCUUUGUCGCUAGAUGUCACUUAAUUCGUAGAACUAGAAAAUUAUAUCGACAAUACCGAUUUGUUCACAAUAGGAUGCGGGUUUGUAACGAUUAGUGAAAUACAUUGCUAAAAGUAAGUAAGCAGUGAAAACGUACUUAGUAUUUUAGCUGUGUUUUUUAAAUGACGUUUUUCCUGUGCUCUGUCUAUUAUAUAAACCUAUAACAUUGUGUAGGCUCAAAAUUUUCUGAAGAUGUGAUAAGACACAGCGUACUUUAAAUUUUGACGGGUUAUAUUGGAUUUGGAAAACUUGUUAGUCCAAAUUGAACCUUAAGUCUACCGCAUGUGUUCUUUCAGCUGAGUGGAGCCGUGUUCGUUGCGGUCAAUCUGAACCGGAUUGAUUCCUCGUGUUGUGAUGGCUCUCGGUAGUGAUGUGCAUGAUAACUCCACGAAAAAUGCUUCUCAAAAAGUGAAAAAAUGUCCAGCGAACAAUUCCGUGAAUGACAAGACAAGCAGUGGCAAUGCUAACAAUGCUGAGAAACAAGAUAAACAAUCGGCAAAAAUGAAGAAUGAUAAGAAGGACGUAUGCGUAAAGCCUGUGGUCUGUAGUAAUGGGCACGCGAGUACGCCUAACGGGCGAGCGGAAGACGAGGGUGAUGGCGGCAGUGUGCCGGCACCACGUGUGUCGUAUGCGGCUGCGGCGCGCAAGCCACCUUCGCCACAAAUCAACAACACACUCGCGUCCUUCCCCCCUAGUACAGAUUCACAGAAAGUAAAGGCUAAUGGUGAGAAGUUAUCACAGCCGAAAUCCGGUGUUUGUACAAUGAAAGUAAACGGAGAAGGACUUAUACCCAACAGUAAUGAUAGUAAAUCUGAUAAAAUAAGUACCAAAGAACCAAUACUAAACGGCACAGACAAAACUGACACCAUAGUUAAUGGUGACCCAAAAAAAGAAUUAGAUUGUGAUAUUAGUAGUAGUGAUAAUACUAAAGUAGUUUCUAAUGGAAUUAACAGUAACUCCGAUGAUACUAAAACGAAUAAGUCUGAAGAAAAAGUUGAAGUAAUAAAACAGGUUUGUCCCAUUAAGCCAGAAGGUAAACAGAUAUCAGAGAACAAAAAAGAGAAAAAGACGAAGACAGCGGACAAAACUAAUGACACGGAAAAGAAAAAGGACUCCGCAAAAGACAAGAAUGCAGAUGGCAAAAAAGAGAAAAAGGAUGACGGUACUGUACAUAAAGUUGAAGGCGGUGACAAAGUAAAUGGUGAGAGCAGUAAAACUUUAAAUGGAGAAGGAGACAGAGAAUCAUCUCCGAGUGAAGACGGAGAUGAGAAAAAGAGAGAUGCGGAAGUUGUGUUUAUUCAGGAUAUGGGUUUUACUGUGAAGAUUGUCAGUCCAGGAGCCGAGCCAUUAGACAUUCAGGUUUCGAGUAUGGAACUCGUGCAAGAAAUACAUCAAGUUUUAAUGGAUCGCGAGGACUCAUGCCACAGAACGUGUUUCUCUUUACAACUAGAUGGCGUCACGCUGGAUAACUUUGCAGAACUAAAGAAUAUUGAAGGACUGAAAGAAGGAUCUGUUAUAAAAGUGGUAGAAGAACCAUACACAAUGCGCGAGGCUCGCAUUCAUGUGCGUCAUGUUCGGGAUCUCCUCAAAUCCAUUGACUACACGGACGCUUACGCCGGUCAAGAAUGCAGUUCCUUAGCCUUCCUCAACAUCAUCACACAAGGAGACAUUUUAGAAAAGAAAAAGUCCCGCCCGGAGAGUGUGGACUGCACGCCUCCAGACUACAUAAUGCCGGGUAGUACUGAACGACCAUUGCUACCAUUGCAUCCAGGACUUACUAAAGAGAACAAGGCACCACAAUGCUUGAAGGUAUUGACAACGUCAGGUUGGAACCCGCCGCCCGGGCCGCGCAAGAUGUGUGGCGACCUCCUCUACUUGCAUGUGGUGACGCUCGAAGACCGCCACUUCCACAUCACAGCUUGCCCCAGGGGAUUCUAUCUUAACCAGUCUACAGAAGAAGUGUUCAACCCUCGUCCGGCGACUCCAUCGCUAUUAUGUCACUCAUUGAUCGAGCUCCUCAGUAUUGUAUCACCGGCGUUCAAACGUAACUUCGCCCUGGUGCAGAAGAAGCGUAUGCAGAAGCAUCCAUUUGAGCGAGUGGCCACGCCUUACCAGGUGUACCAGUGGGCGUCCCCAAUGCUCGACCACACCGUCGAUGCUAUUAGAGCGGAAGACACGUUCUCAUCGAAACUGGGUUAUGAGGAGCAUAUUCCUGGUCAGACAAGGGAUUGGAAUGAGGAGUUGCAGACGACUCGGGAGCUGCCUCGGUCCACGUUGCCUGAACGCUUGCUUCGCGAACGAGCGAUCUUCAAGGUGCACAGUGACUUCGUGGCAGCCGCGACUCGUGGUGCGAUGGCGGUAGUGGACGGCAACGUGAUGGCCAUCAACCCUGGCGAGGAGCCGAAGAUGCAGAUGUUCAUAUGGAACAACAUAUUCUUCUCGCUCGGCUUUGACGUGCGCGACCAUUACAAGGAUCUCGGAGGCGAUGCUGCUGCCUUUGUUGCACCGCGCAACGACCUCCAAGGCGUUCGCGUUUACAGCGCGGUAGAUACAGCUGGCCUUCACACGCUGGGCACCGUGGUGGUGGACUAUAGAGGCUACCGAGUGACUGCCCAGUCCAUCAUCCCUGGUAUCUUAGAGAAGGAGCAGGAACAAAGCGUUGUGUACGGCAGCAUUGACUUCGGUACUACUGUACUCUCACAUCCUAAAUAUAUGGAGCUGCUGAGCAAAGCGGGUCAGCAGUUGAAGAUAAUGCCACACUCGGUGAUCAGUGCUAACGGUGAGACUGUGGAGUUAUGCUCCAGUGUCGAGUGUAAAGGCAUCAUCGGUAAUGAUGGCCGUCACUAUAUACUGGACUUGUUGCGCACCUUCCCGCCUGAUGUCAACUUCCUGCAGCUGGAAGAUGAUGAACUGAGGGAGGACAUCAAAUCAAUGGGCUUCCCAAUUAUCCACAAGCACAAACUCUGUUGCCUUAGACAAGAAUUAGUUGAUAGUUUUGUCGAGGCUCGUUACUUCAUGUUUAUUCGCUACGCCGCUUUCCAUUUGCAACAAUUAAGUGCAAAGCGUCAACGUGACACCGCACAGAAAUCUAUUGAGAACAAGGAGAAUGAAUCAAAGGAGGCUGCCAAUGAGACUGAGAAGAAAGAAGAAAAACCAAAACGCGAGACUAAGAGCCAGGAGAAAGAAGAUAAAAAAGAUAAAAAGCAGAAGAAAGAAGAUAAAAAAGAUAAAGAAAGUGCCAAAAAGGAAGCAGCGAAAGAGAAGAGCGCAGAAGAAGAUAAAUCUGCGGCUAAGAGUGAGAAAAAAGAAGACGAAUUGUUGUUGAACGAGAAUUACUCUGAAAUUGACACCGAUGUCGCCAAGAAGAUUGUUGAGAGUAUCACUGAUUCGAUAUGCAGCGGUGGAGAUAAACAAGAGAGUGAUUCUGGGGAACGUUCCCGUGCCGUAGUGGCGGCGGCGGCGCGCGCAGUGGCGUCUCUCAAGGAGUCGGAGUUCGAUGUCCGUUUCAACCCCGACGUGUACUCCGCGGGCAUCAAACACGCUGCCGAGCCGGAGCAGCUCGCCAAACAACGACAUCUCGUCAAGGAAGCCGCUGCCUUCCUACUUACGACGCAGAUACCGGCCUUUGUCCGCGAAUGCCUCGAGCAUACGUCAGCCCCAAUGGACGGCGCGGGGCUGACGGAGGCGCUGCACGGGCGCGGCAUCAACGUGCGCUACCUCGGCCGCGUCGCCAACGCACUGCGGCCGCAUGCGCAGCUCUCGUACCUACACGCCAUCGCUGUAGCCGAGCUACUUCUACGUGCUGCUAAGCAUAUCUACACUGCUUAUCUGCAGGGUUGCGAGGCGAUGUGUAUCGGUGCCGCGGUGGCGCACUUCCUGAACUGCUUGCUGGGCGCCUGCGGCAGCCCGGCGCUGUCGGCGGCGGAGGGCCCGGGCGCGGCGCGCGGCGGCGCGCGGGCGGGCCGCGGACGUCGCGCCCGCCGACACGCGCACGCCGCGCCGCCUCCAGACCCACACCUGACUGGCACAAUCUCUCACCCAAAUCACUGUUCUCGCAAAUCAAACAGGAACUUAAGAUCUUUCGCUCUCAAAGUCGGUCUACAGUUGAUGCUACGCGAGUACGACUUCGACAGCAAGAACAAGGCGCCUUUCACAGCAAACGAUAUCAUGAACAUUUUCCCCGUUGUUAAGCAUAUCAACCCACGCGCAUCAGACGCCUACAACUUCUACACGACUGGUCAGAACAAGAUUCAAGCAGGCGCAGUAUCGGAAGGCCACGAAUUAAUCGCCGAGGCACUGAAUUUAUUGAACAACGUGUAUGGAGCAAUGCACGGCGAGAUUGCGCAAUGUUUGCGCAUGGUUGCGCGACUGUGCUAUGUUACCGGGGAACAUAGGGACGCCAUGGCCUACCAACAGAAAGCUGUGCUCAUGUCUGAAAGGGUUAACGGAAUCGAUCAUCCUUAUACUAUUACUGAAUAUUCCCACUUGGCGUUAUAUUGCUUCGCUAACGGUCAGGUCAGCACAGCGUUGAAGCUGUUGUAUCGCGCUCGCUACCUCGCACUACUCGUCUGUGGAGAGAAUCAUCCGGAGAUGGCGUUACUUGAUAGUAAUAUCGCCCUGAUCCUGCACGCGGUGGGCGAGUACGAGCUGUCGCUCCGUUUCGCGGAGCGCGCGCUGGCGGUGACGUGCGCGUCGCACGGCGCGCGCUCGCUGAAGGCGGCCGUCGCGCGACAUCUGCUCGCGCGCACGCUCUCCUGUCUCGGGGACUUCCGCGCCGCGCUGCAGCACGAGAAGGAGACGUACUCCAUCUAUAAACAACAGUUGGGUGAGAAGCACGAGAAGACCCGCGAGUCGUCGGAAUGCCUGCGGCACCUGACGCAGCAGGCGGUGGUGCUGCAGAAGCGGCUGGCGGAGGCGUACGCGCGCGCGCCGCACGCCGCGCCCGCGCCCCCGCCGCUGCACAUCCAGCCGCCCGGCAUGGCCUCCGUCAUCGACAUGCUCAACCUCAUCAACGGCAUACUCUUCGUGCAGAUCAGCCCUCAAGACAUUGAGCAAUUCAAAGCGGAAAUCGAGAAAAGACAGCUGAAGGAGCUCCCCAUCCCCGGCGUACUGGGCGAGCUGGGAACUGAACAGAAGGAACAGAAGAAGGAGACAGACGCGGCGGCGGACAGUUGAAGGGCGGCCGGGCAGGGCUGGCUCGCUCACACAUGUUCCACUCGCACUGGACGUUUCACAUAUACAUUGUUACUUUAAUAUAAUUAUUGAUUGAUGAUAUUGUUCCUUAUCUAUGAAUGUAUGCGGUAGUGAAUAGUGUGCUAAGGUUUGAUGUAGAUUUUUUUUGUUAGAAAAAUUUUGAGGAUAUUAUUUUGAUCAAAUAAUUAAGUGUUAUUUUGAUUAUUUUGAAUGAAUUCUCGCGGAGUGCGAUAGUUGAUGCAUGUUGCGUACGUUUCGCUCAAAUCACGCAGAUCUAGUUUUAAUUUUACGCUUCCGUUUGGGAUUCACAAUUUUAUCAACACCCAAAGUAGUGCAAUUUCAAGUAGUGAUAAUAGCAAUAAGUUUUGGUUGUGAUCCUGAGACCGUGUAUGUCGCUAUGUUAUGGUAACUGGUGCUACUGCCAACUUGUCCUUCAUAUAUAUUGUAAUGGUUUUAUGAAUUGUUAUUGUCGAGUAUUAUUUUUUUUAACUAGUACGGGAGUAUAUUGUUGAAACACCUGUAGCAGUAGAAAUUCAGUUAUAUUGUCAUUGAAAUGUAACAGGAUUAGAAUGCUACCCGCAUGCAAAUUGAUGAUAGUUUAUUUUAUAUCAACGGAAUGAGUUUCGCUCGAUACAAACACUGCCUUUAUCGUUACAUUGUAGUUUCAGGUUUAGUUGUUAGUGCCAUAAUAUGAAUGUAGUGCAUGUAAGUUUGUGUAAUAUUUUCGUUAGUCUGUGAUAUAGCAUGUUUAUCAUCGAGUGACUUGCCUUGUUAUGCAAUAAAGAUAUUGUACCUGGCAAUAGUUUCGGCUUCCAUGUCUGUUUGGUGUGUAAACUAAGAUCAUUGAACCAACCAAACAUAAAUUAUGAAAUGUAUUAUAAUGGAUAUAUACUUGUGGUCAAUAUUAUGUAAUAUACGAGCCUUGUGAACGGAUCACUUAGCUACGGUGUAUUCAUGUUAUACUUCUAUGAUAUAAAUCAACUAUUCUUGUAAUGGGUAUUGAUAUCUUGUCAGUGACGCCAAAUGAACAAAUGUUUAUGAAUGAAUGUUUUUUUGGGAAAAAUAAUGUAUUUUAAGAGUACUUUGCCUUUCAAAAUCAACAGUUUGUACGUCAUGUCGUCAUCCGUUGUUAACUGUGUCGCUACAUAUCCGAAUUAGAUUUGUUGUGUUAGCACAUCAUCCUUCUCACUGUGAGCAUCGAAACUUAAGCUUUCAUAGUCAUAUAGUUUUGUUUGUACGGAACAAAUGUUUAUAUAGUCGACAGCAACAGAAUAGUGUUAGCAACCACUUGAUCUGUAGCGUUGUCUUCAUGUUGUUAUAACCUACUCUAAUAAUGUAACUUAUGGGAUUACAUAUUUGUGCUUUGAGUCAAUUCAUGUAGUUUACAUAUUUCAGGCCAUACUUGUGUAUGUAAGAAGUAUACUGUUACCACUUUAUAGUAAUAGAUUGCAUGUUUUUGCGUAUCGAUAAGAUCGUGUCACGCGUUAGACAAACCAUCGCCAGUGUGUGCAUAUCACUGACAUGUGUGUAACAAUAAUUAUAUUGUGUGGAAUGUGGAUUGUUAUGUUAUGAUAUAAUAUUAACUUAUCCAUAUUACUGUUACGA